UUUCCCUUCGAAAAAACUACGUAAACCAAGGGGGAGACAACCGAGUGUGGCAGUGUCGAUGUGGUAAUGUGAUCGGAUGGAAGUCUCUUUCGACGGGAGGUACAUUCAGCAUGGAUCCAAACCGUGGUGACGUUAAAAGCUAGUGAAUUUUGUAUCAUGCUUGACUAAUUCAACCUGAAGAUGCCUGGACGAUUGAAAGUUAAAGUUGUGGCAGCCAGGGAUUUGCCUAUUAUGGACCGGGCCAGUGAUCUUACAGAUGCCUUUGUGGAGGUUCGUUUUGGAAAUGAUAUCUUUAAAACUGAUGUCUGUCGAAAAUCUUUAAAUCCUCAAUGGAAUUCAGACUGGUUUAAAUUUGAGGUUGAAGAUGAAGCACUUCAAGAUGAACCUCUUAUAUUACGAGUACUAGACUAUGAUACAUACAGUGCCCACGACAGCAUUGGAAAAGUCUAUAUAGACUUGAAUCCUCUGUUAAUCAAGAACAACCCUUCAUUGAUAAAUGGCUGGUUUCCAAUUUAUGACACUAUGCGGGGCAUACGUGGGGAAUUAAAUUUCAUAGUGAAAGUUGAUUUGUUCAGUGACUUCAACAGGUUCCGUCAGUCUUCCUGCGGAGUUCAACUUUUUUGUUCUGCUGCGGUUCCUGAAAAAUAUAUGCUACAGAGUCUUCAUGGUUUUGUUGAAGAAUUAGUUGUUAACGAUGAUCCAGAAUAUCAAUGGAUUGAUAAAUUACGUACUCCAAGAGCAUCAAAUGAAGCGAGACAAAGACUGUUUUCAAAACUAUCAGGAGAGUUGCAACGGAAAAUUGGCUUGAAGGUUCUUGAACUGGGUGGAAACUCAGUAAUAGGUUAUCGGCAAUGCUUUGACCUCGAAGGAGAAUCAGGAAUUGUCGUUCGUGCUAUUGGGACAGCUGUCACAUUAUCGAAAUCCUUAGUGCUAUCUACAUCUCCCAUGGGGCUUUCACCUUUCAAAGAUAAACGGCAUGUGAAAUUUCAGUCACCUGCUACCUCAUCUCCUAGGCGUGCAGUACUGAUGCAGUCUACACCACCUGCAUCUACAUCCACUACGAGUCUUACGGCUAACAAUAACACUACUGUCUCUACUAACACUAGUACCACUACAACUACAACUAUUGCUACUACUGCUACUACUACUAUUUCUACCACUACCACUACUACAACUGCUGUCUCUUCUACCUGCCCGCCUUCCCCUCCUUCUCCACCACCGCCUCCCCCACUCCCUCCACCUCCACUGCCUUUGCCCCCUCCGCCGUCUUCUUCUCUACCUCCUCCGCCAUCCCCUUCGAACCUACCACCUCUCCCUCCCCCUCCGUUGCCUCCACCGCCGGCAGACUUCUCCAACGAAUCCGAACCCGACACCGAGUCCGAGUCCACUUCUCUCGCCCCGCUCUUGCCUCCGCCUCCGCCUCUUCCCCCUCCUCCACCGCCGCCCCUCCCGCCUCCGCCUCUGCCUUCCCAACACCCCAAGCUGUCCCACUUUCACCACCAACAGCAACACCUCCUCCACCACCACCACCACCACCAUCACCAUCAUCAUCACUACCAGCAGCACUCGUCAGUGGACCGAGAUCGGGACAGGCCAAUGUCUCCGCUUGCCCAACCUCGAUCACAGCACGCGUCUCCAUGCUCCACCCCUCCCGUGGUAGCAACUUGCCACAGACACACAGAACAAGAACCAGACAACUCAAUAUUUACCUUCCCUUGCAGCUCUCCUCUUCCCGAAGACAUCAUCACUCCCUCCUCCCCGACCAUUAACCAGUCUGGUGGCCUCAAAUCGUCCACGUCACCUGCUAAAUGCUCCAGUACAGCUAUCCGACGCCGGUCUUCAGACUCAGACUUGAGUACCACUCCAAAAGAAGUUUCUCCAGGCCCGCCUCCUCCAGGGGGUAGUCUGACAGGAAGCAGUGGGAGUGGGAGUGGAACUGGAGUCCUGAGUGGAAUUUCUGGGAGAGCGGCAGGACACAAACCAGGGAUGCCGCAACAACAGCCAACCAUUGACAUGUUGGAGUAUCCUUUUUUCACCAUGAAAACCUUUCCUCCUGCAUUCAUUGUUCACUUAGGAGGUGUUGUGUCAGCAAAAUCUGUUAAAUUGCUGGAUAAAAUUCAUAAUCCUGAUGAACCUGAGACGAGAGAUGCUUGGUGGAUUGAAAUCCGUACCGAGAUCCGUUCUCAUUGUCGUUCAAUGGGAUGUCAUGCUGUGAUAGGUUACAGUGAAAUGUCUUCCAUAUGUGAUGAAGUAAUUAUUCUGUCAGCUAUUGGCACAGCUGCUGUCAUCAGCAGCAACAUGGAUGUACUGCUGCCUGUUGUCACACAGAAAGAUACUGCUCCACUCUAUCAGUCCACUGAUAAGGUACCAGUGGAGAAGGAGAAGCUUUAUGUUGAUGUGAACUUGGCAAAUCAAAUGUCACAGAAUAGUAUUGAAGAGGGUUUUACACCUGCAAACUGUGUACUUUGUCACAUUCCCUACAAAACUGCCUCUAUGCCAUUUAAGGUAACACUGGAUACCUGCACUGUAUGUCAUAAACAUCCAGUUCCAGAUGUGCUUUUUACUACAAUCAACCCCCCUGAAGAAAUACAGACAAUAGGAAAAGGAACUCUUAUACAAGCGCGGAUAUAUCGUGCGAAAAAGGAAGGUAAAGGAGAAGCCUGUGCUAAAGAAAUUAGUGAUUGUUUACCAUUUAUGGAAUAUGAACUUCAUAAUCAACUUAUAAAUAAAUUAAAGAUGCGUGGUAUGAAUGGUCUUUUUGGACUUGUAGUCCAUAUCACAGUUGGAGAAACAAUGUUAGCUGGAAUAGCUACAGCAACUGCUGCCUAUCUGAAUGCACUACCUGCUCCAUCAGUUCCACGUAUCUCAGGACAGGUGAUGCCAGCAAGUGACAAUAAUGAUUUGGAGAAACUACAGCAACGCUUAACCACUACUGUACAGAACUUAAAAGAGCAAUAUGAAAUAUUUGUGCCUGAAAUUACCCCAGGCCAGUCUAGUCUUCGUUGCAGUGCUGAUAAUACAGACGACAGCGAUGAAGAUCAGAGUGAUUUAGAACUGUCAUUUGGAAACAAAGAUACGUUUGUGUUAGAGGUUGAUGAUGCAAAAGAUGAAACUGUAUCCUUGAUUUUAGAUGACUUCACAGCUCCAGAAGGAUUUGAAAUAUGCAAUACAGAAGUACUUCCAGGAGUGACCAACAUUGUUUGUAAUCUACAGAUGUUUACACAUGUGUGGCGUGGCAAAUGCCAGAAAAUACCAAUGACUGUAAAAGAUUUCUCUGAUUUAUUUAACCAUUUGAUUAGGAAAAUUUGCUUUAAAUUAAGGAAGAUGGCACCAUGCUGUUUAAGUUGCCUUGAUUUCAAUUUAGAGCUGGCUGAUGAAGACGAAGUGCAGAUAACCUUGACCGGGAUGUGCACAGGACUUGGAGAAGUACAACCUCAAGCAUCUAAAAACUUAGUGUAUAAAACAAACAAUGGUUCUAACCUCCUUUUGAGUGUGCCGUCCAACAGUAGCUGUGAUCAAGACCAUGACUUAAUGUUUCAGAUGGAAGAGGUACAAGAAAGCCCUGUUACAUCAAAGACAUCUCAGCAAGCACAAAAAACUGGCAAAACAGAAAGUGGUCUCAAGUACCAUACACUUCCUCGGCACCGUCUUGGAGUCGAAUUGAUACCCAUGUCAUAUGUACCAGGUGGAAAGAUAGAUCAUUAUCUUGGAAGUUAUAACUUCUUCUUUAUCAGGGAAAGCACAUCAGUUCGAGAGAUGGGAGGAGCCUGUGGUUUUAUGCAAAGCUUUGUGUCAGAGGUGAAAGCUAUUGUACGAGCUCAUGUUGGAGCUUUAGGUGGUAAUGCCAUGGUUGCCUACAAAAUGAAUGAAUGUAUUCUUCUCAACAAUCCCCAUAAAAACCAGUGCCAGUGUCUUAUCAAUGUCAGUGGCGAUGCUGUCAGUGUGUUAUAUGGCUUGGAGCUGCCUUUCGAAUUAGCCAACGUGGCCAGCGGCACGCUAAGUGUCAGUCGCGGCGACGUGUCUCAAGCUCAACCCAGCGGCAGUGGUAACAACACCCUCUCUACAAACUCAAGACCCGUGUCAGAUUCGCCUGUCAUCUCAUGACACACAGGAAAAUGCUAGGAUUAUAACUAACACACACACACACACACACACACAAGAAAAAGGAAAAAAAAAAA